AUGUCAUCCGGUGUACAAACAGAUCAAGAAUGCGUCAGCAAGUUCAACGAAUUGAAGUUGGGUCGUAAAUACACUGCUAUUUUCUACAAGAUGAACGACACCAACACACAAAUCGUCGUCGAGAAGACCCUCCCAGCCGGAACUCCAUUCUCUGAGAUCUUGACUGGUUUCCCACCAAAGGAAUGCAGAUACGUCGUUGUCGAUUACGGUUACAAUGAAGAAGGAGCCAACAAGAAUAGAAUUUGCUUCGUUGUUUGGUGUCCAGAUACCGCCCCAAUCAAGGGUAAGAUGCUUUACACCUCCUCAAAGGACUCCCUCCGUAAGGCUUUGGUCGGUAUCCAAGUUGAAAUCCAAGGUACUGAUGCUUCUGAAGUUCAAGAGUCUGAAUUCUUGGCCAAGUGCACCAAGAUCUAA